AUGUCUCAUCGAGCCAUCAUUUUCCUAGCGGCGCUCCACGGAACGCUGCUUCUCGCCGGAACGCCCGUCGAGGGGCACCCGUUUGCGGACGCAUUUCAAAUGGAAGAGUAUUUGAAAUUUCCACCACUGUUUGUGUACGACGACUUUGAGGACUGCCGGCGGUGGUAUCGGGAUGACUAUGUGUACUGCAUCGCAAAGGCACCGCUCGCACCGGAUGACACGUCCACACUGUGGAGGAAUUUGAGCUAUUUUUCUAGCGACUAUCACCACUAUGACCAUACGGUGCUGGAGCGAGGAGUUUGCCUACAGAAGUGCCAUGAUGCACUUAUUCAGAACGGCACGGAAGGGACGGAGCGGCUCACGAGAGAGGAACUGAUGCACCGGUGUAUCAGUGCCGAGGUUUCCUCGCAGUACGAUCUGACCGUUUCGCCUAACCUACGAAUCCACUAUUGCUACUCUAAAAGCACGGAAAGUGUGGCCUACGACUGGCUCGAUGUGGCAUUUAUUGUGCUGGCCGCUAUCAUAAUCGCAAUCAUCAUCGCCUCCACCGUGUACGAUCUACACCACCAGGCACAGCAGAACUUCCCGGAGAGCUACUUCUCCCGGAGCUCUAAGCUGGCACACCAGCGCCUACUGACGGCGUUUUCCAUUCCGCGGAACAUCCGCCGGCUGAAGGAGCCGAUCCACACGCAAACUCGAGCCGAUCUCGCCUGCUUCGAGGCGUUUCGAUUCGUGCAGACGUUCCGCGUCAUCUUUCUGCAUGUGACGAUCGCACACCUAAAGAUUCCCCAGCGCAACCCCGAGUAUCUGGAGCAGCUACAGCACAUGGCCUCGCUGCAGACGUUCAUCGCCGAGUUCCAGAACUACGUGCAGACGUUCUUCACCAUCGGCGGUAUGCUGAUGGCGAUCAACUUUCUCGAUCAUGUGCGCAAGAACCCAACGUUCCGGUUGUCGUACUUUGGUGAUCGGCUGCUGAAUCGACUCUGCCGGCUGGUGCCGACGUACGCGUUCAUGAUCCUGCUGGAGGCGUCCGUCUUGCGCCAUCUGGUCGAUGGGCCAUUUGGAAAGCAGUUCAUCGGCGAGUCGGCUCAAAACUGCCAGCGCUGGUGGUGGGCUAACCUGCUGUUUGUCAACAACUAUAUCGCGUGGAGUGAACCGUGCUUCAUUCCGUCGUGGUAUCUAGCGACGGAUCUGCAAUUGUUCGCGUUCGCACUCGCGAUCAUGAUGGUCUUCUGGAAGUGGCCCACGACGCGCAAGUACAUCUUUGGCGCCCUCUUCCUCUACAGUGCGGUAAUACCGGCCAUUGAGCAUCUCCUUGCAACGAACGCCACCCCUGUCAUGACGGUCGACAUGAAGGACGUGGAAAAGUAUAUGCGUGGCCAACACUUCCAGGACCUGCUGUACUUCCCGUUCCACCAGAACACCGGUAUCUACUUCUGUGGCGUUCUGGCUGGCAUCGUCUAUCACCACUUCCGGGACCAGCGCAAACAGCUGUUCCAGCAGACCGCCUUCCGACAGCUAGCCCAAGUGUCCGGACUGCUGUACGUGUGCAGUAUGGCCAGCGUCUCUUGGGUGGUGUCCAACCUGACCUGGUUGCCCGCCAUAGUACUUGCUUUGUACGCCAGCGCCUUCAAAAUUAGCUGGGGCUUGUUCAACACCGUCAUCCUGCUUGCUCUGGCGCUCCUCCAUCAGAACCAUUGGCUCAAGGCGUCACUCAGCCAUCCGAUCUUCCGCGUACUGGGAAAGCUUGGCUACAGCGUCUACCUGAUUCACUUCACCGUGAUCAUGCAGGUGUACGGGCGCGAGCGGGCACCCAUCUUCAGCAACGAAAAGAUCGUCACCGGCUACACCAUCGAGGUGCUGUUCUUCAGCUACAUAUUCGGGGCGCUGCUGUGCGUCCUGGUCGAGCUUCCCACCGGUGCCCUGCUGAAGGAACUGCUCGAACCAAGGGCCGAUACCCGGCAACCCUCCAUCAACCAGGUACACUCGGCACCGGAACCCAUCGGAACUCCUUCUGUUAAGGCGGGAACUCCGGCGACCGGAACGGAACCAUCGUCAACCGCCUCCGGCGAGACGGCCCACUAA